UGUUUUGAAAACUGAGAGGCAGUCGAGAAUGGGGGCAACUCUAAACAGGCUUCUGUUUUAUGUGUGUGCGACUUUCUCCAUAAUUCAUCUUGCUCACUCUCAGAAUCAACAAGGAUUCAUCAGCUUAGACUGUGGAUUACCUUCUAAUGAGUCUCCUUACAACGAACCCUUUACCAAUCUGACAUACAUAUCUGAUGCCGGUUUCGUCCACAGCGGAAAAACUGGUACCAUCCACAAAGACUUGAAGACACACUUUAUGAAGCCAUAUACUGGUUUGAGAUACUUUCCAGAUGGAAUACGAAACUGUUAUAAUCUUAGCGUGAUGCAAGAUACAAAGUAUCUGAUCAGGACUGUGUUCGUAUAUGGGAACUACGACGGUCUCAAUGCUUCUCCAAGAUUCGACCUCUAUCUCGGUCCUAAUAUUUGGACAACCGUAGAUGCGAAAUUAUCGGGUCCAGGUACGGCUCAGGAGAUCAUUCACAUCACAAGAUCCAAUAUUUUGGAAAUAUCUAUCUUAUUAAAGUAAAAGUACUUUAAGCUUUUGUUUGGUAAUAGGGAUAAGAGUCUUUA